AGGACUUUGAUCUUCAGGAUGCCUCAGAAGUGGAUUUCUGCUCUGCUCCUACUGCAGAUAAGUUUCUGCUUCAGAUCUGGGAACUGUGGGAAAGUGUUGGUGUGGCCAUUGGAAUACAGUCACUGGAUGAAUUUAAAGAUAAUACUGGAUGAACUUGUACAGAGGGGACAUGAAGUCACUGUUCUCAGACCUUCAUCUUCUGUCUUUCUUGAUCCCAAAAAAGCAUCUGGUCUUGUAUAUGAAACAUUUCCUACAACUUCCAAUAAUGAUGAAGUAGAAAAGUUUUUUACCCAGUGGGUGAAUACGUGGACAUAUGAUGUGCCAAAAUAUACAUGUUUGAGAUACUACCCAUCUUUGAACAAAAUGUUUGGGCAAUUUUCUGAUUUGUGGUUACAGCUUUGUAGAGAAGUUGUUUCAAACAAACACCUUAUGGCAAAACUAAAGGAAUCCCAGUUUGAUGUGGUCCUUUCAGAUGCUGUUGGUCCCUGUGGUGAGCUGAUAGCUGAGAUACUGCAGUUACCAUUUGUGUACAGUCUUCGCUUUGGUAUUGGCUAUGGAAUAGAAAAGUACAGUGCGGGACAACCCUUCCCUCCCUCUUAUGUACCUAUUAUUUUGUCAGGAUUAAGUGGUCAAAUGACAUUCAUGGAGAGAGUGGAAAAUAUGCUAUGUUUACUUUAUUUUGAUUUUUGGUUCGAGUCAUUUCCUGCUAAGGAUUGGGAUCCAUUUUUCAGCGAAAUUUUAGGAAGACCCACUACAAUGGUUGACACAAUGAAGAAAGCAGAAAUAUGGCUCAUUCGGUCCUACUGGGACUUGGAGUUUCCCCGCCCAUCCUUGCCAAACAUUGAGUUUGUUGGAGGACUUCACUGCCAACCUGCCAAACCAUUACCUAAGGAAAUGGAAGACUUUGCACAGAGCUCAGGAGAACAUGGUGUGGUGGUGUUUUCUCUGGGGUCGAUGAUCAGGAACAUAACACAAGAAAGGGCUAACACAAUUGCAUCAGCCCUGGCACAAAUUCCACAAAAGGUUUUUUGGAGAUUUGAGGGCAAGAAACCAGACACCUUAGGACCCAAUACUCGGGUGUUCAAGUGGAUACCCCAGAAUGACCUUCUUGGUCAUCCAAAAACUAAGGCUUUUGUAACUCAUGGUGGAGCCAAUGGCAUCUAUGAGUCAAUCCAUCAUGGGAUCCCCAUGGUUGGCAUCCCUUUAUUUGCAGAACAACGUGAUAACGUUGCUCACAUGGUAGCCAAAGGAGCAGCUGUUUCUCUAGAUUUUCAUACAAUGUCCAGUUCAGAUUUGCUCAACGCACUGAAGGCAGUCAUCAAUAAACCCUCCUAUAAAAAGAAAGUGAUGUGGUUGUCAGCCAUUCACCAUGACCAGCCUCUGAAGCCUCUGGACAGAGCAGUCUUCUGGAUUGAGUUUGUCAUGCGUCACAAAGGGGCCAAGCAUCUGAGACCACUUGCACAUAACCUUGCCUGGUAUCAGUACCACUCUCUGGAUGUGAUUGGAUUCCUGCUUGCCUGUGUGCUGGCCAUUGUUUUACUUGCUGUAAAAUGCUGUCUGUUUCUUUACCGAUUUUUUGUAAAGGUGGCAAAGAAUAAAAGGGACUAGGGUUCUUUAAGAAGGAAGGCUGUGAUCUGUGGUCGUGAUGGGCAUGACUACUCCCUUUAUUGCUGGAACUAUAUAUCAGAUGCUCCUUGUUUUAGAAGACAUUGAGCUAAUUGAUUUAUCUAUAGAUGUUACACUAUAAGUUAAGAAAGUAACCAUUUUAAAUCUUUAUUUUCUCAAAUAAAUUGUUUUCAUAUUGAUUCAUCGAUGUGAUAGUGCUGAGGAUAAUGAUAAUCCCUGAAACACCAACUUGCUUAUGGGCAAAGAAUAGGAAGCCUAAACUUUUUACUGUGAAUUUUCAGAUAUUUAUAAAAUAAAAUUGAAUAAAAUU